UAUUAGUAAUGAAGACAAACCAACUACAAGAGUAUGAAGAAAAAUUUGAAAGGAAAUUCAGCUCCUUAAGAUUUCCGCCAAAGCCAAUACCAAAACAUGUUCUAUCCCGUACAAUUAAAAUUUUUACUGAUUCAAAUGAUACAUUUUGGUUAAACAAAAAUUCAUCAUGUGCGCCGCCAGUUAAUUAUGAGCUUAACAACCAUUCCGAUACGCACAAAAAGUUGAAUUUAGCUCGCAAAUGUAUAUUAGGACGAGACUGGCAUAACUUAGCAAAACUAUUAACAUCCAACUUGGUGGGUGAUAGUUUGAUACAAAAGAGUUCAUAUCCCGUGUUUUCAGAAGUAAGUAAAUAAUAUA